GCGGAAUUCACUGAGCUCCUGAGAGACCCAUUCUCUGCGAUAGUUGCUAGCAUGGAGGCGACAGGAACACCUGAAUUCAAGGAUUUGGAUGCGUGAGUGAAUACUUUUGGCGACAUAUGUUCCAAAGUACUCCUUUCAGCGGUACCGUUGAUUCAAGAUGGGUUUAACUAAAACUGAAGACUCCUGCGCCCCAGUGAUUGAUGACUUGAGGAUCGUUCUGCUGGGGAAAACUGGAUCAGGAAAGAGUGCAACAGGCAAUACCAUCCUGGGUUGGAACGCUUUUGACACAGAAAUAUCUCCAUCUUCUGUGACAAAGAUAUGUAAGAAAGAAACUGGACAUUUUGAUGUCCGAACUGUGAGUGUUGUUGACACCCCUGGUAUCUUUGACACAUUAAUUAAAGAAGAGGAACUGAAAAGGGAAAUAGAGAAAUGUAUAAUGCUCUCUAUCCCAGGACCCCAUAUUUUCCUGCUGGUGAUCAGAUUGGAUGUGCGCUUCACAAAAGAAGAGAAGAACACUGUUAAGUGGAUCAAGGAAAACUUUGGUGAUGAGGCCUCAAAGUAUACAGCAGUGCUUUUCACUAAGGGCGAUGAGCUUAAGGAAACUUCCAUUGAGAACUAUUUAGACAAAAGUCCUGAUCUGAAGGAGCUCAUCACUGAGUGUAAAGCUGGUUACAUUGUGUUUGACAACACAUGCAAAGAAAAUCGCACUCAGGUAGCUGAUCUGUUUGAAAAGAUAGACCAGACAGUGCAAUUAAAUGGUGGUCAUUACACUGGCAGUAAAUAUGAAGAGGCCCAGAGACAGAUGACUAGGAAUAAAAUGUGGCGCAAAUGUGGGGACACACUGAACUCUGCAGGAGGGUUUUUGCUUGCAGCAGCAGCACCAGCUGCAGGGGCUGCAGCUGGUGCUGCUGUAAUGGCAGAGGGAGCAGCAGUUGCAGCCAUACGGCCACUUUUAAUGUUUGCAGGAGCGGGGAUUGUUAAAAGCAUUGGAGGCUGGAUCAGAUCCAAAACAGAGAACAGCUGAGUCAUGUCAAACUAUGACCUUUAUGAAGUCAUCCAUGUGUUGUCUUGCAUACAAGGACAAAUUCACACUUGAUUUUUUUUUUUUUUUCACCAUGGUUUUCUUGUAUUUUAUCAUUGUAUAACAAAUAUUCGUGACACAUUGCAUGCUUGGAAUAGCAUCCUUUAUACCUGUUAUCAUAUAUCUAUGAUGCUGUGUAGUCCUGUAUUCAUAUUGUUAAAAUCUCUGUGUAGCAAGCAAAUGUAAUUUGAGGUUU